UUUCACUUUUUUGUGCGCGCGAUGCUAUCGGUGUUCGGUGGUGUCUGGUAAUGGUAUGUUACCUUGUUCGUGAAUCAGCUGGCAACUGUACGCAACACAGAUACCAUUUAUCAGUGUCAUUCGCAAAGUAAUUGUAAUCGGAGUGUGGACUUUUUGAUGGGUAUAUGAUAUGUACGUUCCGAUUAAGAAGUGGAAUGAAUGACGCAUUAUCAAGUCCGUGUUACAAACUACUUGUGAAGCAUAUACGUUCAUGCACUUGGAAUGUGGCCGAUUAUUGGCAACUUAAAGUCACUGCUGAUAGUAACCAUACAGCCGCGCUCACAUUCAAAAUCUUGUGGCUACAGGGCAUAAUUCAAGAUGUUUUAGAUGAAGACACUAUUGUGAUUAGAGACGAGUCAGGCGUAGCAAAAAUAUGCAAAUGUCGUAACGCUCCUGGAAACCAUGAUUGGAUUACAAAAGGUAUAUAUUGUUCCAUCAUUGGCACACUUAAAAAGCAGCUGGAUGUGCCUGAAGUAGAAGCUUUGAAGCUGACAAAGUUGGAUGGAUCGAUACACUCUCGUAUGUGGACAGAGGAAGUGGAGGAUUUGAAACUAUUUCUUACAAAUAAAGCCAAACCAGAUAUGAGUGUUAAAAAAUAAGUAAAAGUAGCAAGAAAUGUUACGCUCCUCAAACUGACCAUAAUCUGUACUUUCUCUUGUCUGUUAUACCAAGAUAGAAGUUGAUUUACAUAACUAACUUUUGGUAUUUUUUACUGUUCAUUUACUUUUGAUGAUUUUCUUCAUGUCUUUUUGUGUGUGUUGUAAGAUGUUAAGAUGAAAUAAUAUUAAAGGCUGAAAAUGCA